CCCAUCAGCCCUGCCUGUGUGCCGGAUGCUCACUAGCUCACUACACCGGAGUGGCCGAGUGGAGCUGCACCUUUAACACCGCCGCCGGCCUGCAGAACCGCGCAUGACGCUCAUCAACCAAAGAACUAAACUCAUACCAGUGCUGGGAUGUCACUCGUGCUUCAGGUAGGCGACACGCCCCUGUGCCUUCGCCCUCAUCCUAACCCUCUCCAGUCUAUCUGGAUAACAUGUGGUCAGUUGGGAUAGAGUUGUGGUGGUGUGUUUAUAGUGUGUAUGUAUUGUGUGUGUGUGUGUUUGUGUAAUUAAAGGUAACAAUCAGAUCAUUUCCAUUAUGUUAAGUCACCAGUCUUAACAUGAAGUGAGUGAGAUUAAUGGACCUGUUGGUUUGUGUUGUGUGAAAAUACUAAAGAAUGCCUGAUGUACUUAAUCGUGUAUAGAAUAAAACACUGUCUGUGUUGUUUUCUUUAGUAAAAUAAUCAGCUGUGAUUACUGAUUCUGAUUCCACACAGAAGAUGAUUAUUUUCCUGUAAGAGCAUGCCCAAAAGUGUUUUAUUCCUCCUCUUUGAACUGAACUGGAGAUUGAAACAGAUGUUUUAUAUGUUCAUAGUUAUGUUAAAUGUGGUGGAAGGUCCAUGAUUCUUCAAAUUAGUGCCUCUUUUUUCUUGUGUAUAAAUCUGUUCCCUCAUCAGCCUCUCUUUUUACCUCAGAAGAAGGUAAAAUCACCUGCUAAACUUCAACUCCUCUGUCCUGACGAUGAAGGAAAACUUAGAUACAGCUUUACCUCUGCCUUUACAAAGCCCUGAUACUGGAGACUCCUUCUGUACGUGUUAAUUAUCCCUCAAUCAUCCAGAAAACGUUACUGUGUCAACAUGUACACACAUCUUUUAAUUCCUUCAUAUGGAGCACGUCCUGGUGAACGAGUUGUUGCUAAAUAAAACAAUAUUGUAUCAGAGAGAGUGCUCUGUAAACCCACACCACUGUCAGAACUGCUGCCACAGAAAAUUAAUCAACACCUGACCACCAAUCAGAGUCCAGAACUCAACACUGUGCUAUAAACAGCUAAAUGAGCAUCUUCAGAACAUGUUUCCUGAGCAUGUCACGGUCAAUUCUGAUUUCGUUUCCAGAAGAUUUCCCGAAUUAUUAGCACCCUUCAGGAGAGUACAUAACGUGUACCCCCGUGAGUAAUAUGUUGAGCUUUACAGAAGCUAUGUGUUUCUAUUUUAACUGUGACGCUUUCAUAACCUUUGUCAUCCGUGCCGUUUGGAAAGUGAUUUGGGUUUAAAGAUCAGAAAUUAUGAUACAAGAACCCCAAAGCAUCAGGUAUGUCCAUAUUUUUGGGUUUAAAGACUUUUCCUUGUAUUUAGAGGCCUGAUGAUGGUCUUCAUGACCAUUGGAUUUCGAUCUUAUCUGAACUCGAGUAUGAAUCCAGUCGUGACUCCGCUGAGGUUUGGUACAAGAGGAGCUUGUUUUGUGCCACUCCCAUCUCGUCGUCCCGAACCCAGCGUCUAACAGCCGAUUCACAGACACGACGAAUCGAAACUAAACCAAGCUGUGGCCUCACUGAACUUGUGUAAUAGAGUCACUCAUUGUCUUGUGCAGCCAUGAUUUUAAUCCAUGGUGACAGAAAGUCAAGAAGUUUCACAUGGUCGUAUUUGGACAGGUAAAAAAGGUUAAUUUUGUGGGUGGACUGUUUGCUAGCAAUUAUUUUUAAAUGUUCUUUAGCGGUGUCUGUCAUUUUUGCCAAAUAUUUUUAGAGACUUGCUUUUGUUAAACAGUUUCUUGACAGUUUCCUCCUCAGCUCUCCUCAGUCAUUUUUGUCCGUUCUCUUGAAGAGUGACCGUAUCUCUGGAGUGGACGGUAAGGUUGCUGGGUAAAGAUGGGAAAGGUUUUUGGUGAGAAUUCAUCAAUAACUUGUACAUGUUUGUUCUUGUGUUGUAGGAAGAAGCUGUAGUGUUCUCAGAACGCAGUUCGCAGGCCGCUUUGCUUCAGUCUUUAAUCGUCCAGAAUGAGGUCAUUUCCUGUUGUUUGUUGGUGCGGGGGCAUAUGCUAGGAUUACGCCAUGUAGAAUCACCUGGUAUCGGAUGUUAAUGAGCUCGGCACCAGACCCGAUACCAGUAUAGGUGCUAAUAGGUGCUGUCCCUCACUUCCCCUCGACCUGUGACAGCUUCCUGUUUCCCGUCCUGCCCAAAUGCGGCUUUAGUUUGCAUUACUCUGUCUUGCUUUUGUCUGUUUACAUAUGAUAUGGUGUGAUGAGAUCAUCAAAAGCAUUACAAAUACAUGACUUAAUAUGAUUAAAUGUUUUAUUUCCUUUUCCAGGGUAGACAUGUUCUCCAAAGGCACCAAGCGCAAGUUUCCCAGCGAUGAUGACGAGAUGUCGGAUGAGAACCUGGCCGGAGCCAAGGUGUCCUCCUCGUACAGCCUGCAGCGCCAGUCUCUACUGGACAUGUCCCUCAUCAAGCUGCAGCUGUGCCACAUGUUAGUGGAGCCCAACCUGUGCCGCUCGGUGCUCAUCGCCAACACGGUACGGCAGAUCCAGGAGGAAAUGACCCACGACGGUAGCUGGGUGGUCACCGAGGCCUUCUGCAGCGGCACCCAGGGCCCCUCUGAGCGCCUGGUGGCCACCGAGGUCCUCUGCCGGUCACGAGAGCAGGAAUCCGAGCCUAAGCUCUUCUCGGUUAUCAGCUACGAAGGAAUCAGCCGUGAGGAGGAGGUGGUGGCGGACGAGACGCUGUGUUCGGUCACGGUGAACGACUCCGCCUCUGAUGUGUGUCUCUCGGAGACCUCAAGUCGUUGCUGGGACACGAGCGAGGACUCGAGUGAAAGCUCCAGGCUCGGUCCGGGAGAUGACGACGAAGACGAGGAUGAAGACGACGAACAAGAACGUUCCUCCAGAGAGGACCCAAAGGCAAUGGGGCAAGUUUUCGGGACAUUUGAGAUCAAGAACGGUUCCUCGGGUCCGGACUCGGCGCUCGAGGAACUGUUCUCAGACGUGGACGCGUCGUAUUACGACCUCGACACCAUGCUGACGGGGAUUCAGAGCACGGCGCCCAAGAUGGGUCCGUACGACCUGCUGGACAGUUUGAAUCCCUCUCACACACCCACGUCUAUAAACUCACCGUCAAACUGCCGCUCUGAUCUGAACGAACUUGACCACAUCAUGGAGAUCAUCGUCGGCUCUUAGACCGGAGUCGGCUCUGAGACUCGGCACGCUUAAAUUUCCUCGUAAUGUUUUUCUACCUGUUGUGGAAGUUCGGUCUGCAGUCCUUUCAGGGAAAGGAGUGUGUGUGUGUCUUCUAAAGAAUGGCCUUGAUUUUAUGAGCUGACCAGUUAUCCUAUUUGCGUACCCUUUGUAUGUUCUUUUUUUUCCCCCAUUUGUCUGUUUUUGUUUUGGUUUUUUUUAUUUAUUUCUUUCUUGCAUCCAUUAACACUACAUACAGGAUGGAGAGCAGAACCAGAUGUGUACAAAAAUGAAAAGAAGAUAUUUUCAUAAAGAUGAAAUUGCCUAACUGUAAAGUGAUAAAUAUAUAUUUUUACAAUAGAUCCUGCUUGUUAACUGUUACAGUGCACUCGUUAUCGGUUUCCAGCAUUCAACAGAUUCGCAGAACAGUUAUCCAUGUCAUGUUGUGGCUUUUUUUUGUUUGUUUUUUGUCUUAUUCCUUUCAGGAUUCAGAAAAGGCAGUAAGAAUACGGCGAUGCAUGACUUUAUUUUGUUGUAGCACACUUUUCGGUGCAUUUUGGCACCCGCCGUAUUUUUUUUCCCGUCAGUAUCUGGGCAAAUCGUCAGCCUGUGUUGAAUAUUAGAAGUCAUAGUGUUCUUAUAUUUGUUUUAUCGACAAAUGAAGAAUAAUGGGGACGCCCCAUUCUAUAUAGUGACUUUUAAUUUAUUUUUAUUUAUUUGUUGCAAACUUUACAUGUUGAGUGUUGGCUUUGGUCAAACUCAGGGCAGAAGAGACUUCGAUGGGCCUGAUUCGCCCCAAAAUCCCUCAAGCGCUAGUUCAUUUGAAUCGAAAAGCGUUUUAUUCAUUUGCUGGUUUAAAGCCUUCGGCGGUUGUGAUGCAUUACGUCCACGGAACGCCGUCCACGCACGUCUACAGAUCUGAAGAUACCGUAAUUCAGACGUAGCUUUAUUUCCGGCUGCCUUUCAUUAGGAAGUCUCUGUUGGGGUCCGAAUCCUGAGUCUGAUGCGGUGGUGUUUUGCAGCCUGCUGUCUAAACGCAGCCCCGUGUUUAUGAGCUAUACACUUUCUCUGAUCCUAUGCAUUGAGUGUCGCAAUACACUUCCUAUGCACAAAGUGUUCGAGCACAUUUUAAAGUACAGUAUUGACUUUGACUUUGUAUUUUUUUUUUCACCGUCAGAAAGAGGACAGGGUUUAAAAAAAAUGUAAAAAAAAAAAUGGUUGUCUUCCUAUUACGCAAACUCGGAAUUCCUCAAGUUAUCAAUUCUCGAACCUGUUCUUAUAGUAAAUUAAAAUAAACAAUCACAGUACGUUCCUCUGCUUUACGUCAGUUUCAUUUUUAACUAUGAUAUAAAUCUAGAGUAGAGCAUUAAAACAUUUUAUAUGUGCAUUGUAGCAUUUUUAUAACAUUUUUAAUAAAAAAAGCACAAAUUAAAA